CAGCUCUCGAAGAAGGGAUAUUCGCUGGAACCAAUUCGGACAUUUUGGGUUCUUUACGUCAUUCAUCAGCGAUCGAGAGAUUCAGCGGCGAGCUGAGGCAUUCGAGUAGCAGCGAGCAUCUUGUUAGCAACAAAUCAUAUACAUACAAGGAAGGAAGGAAGCUGCAGAGAGCCUGUUCACAGCAUGUCCAGCAGCUCGGGAGAAGUAUCAGUAUCGCCUACGGCAAAAUUACCCCUGCAAGAAUGGCUCAAGUUGUUAUCCUCUCGAGGUGUUGACAUGAGAGUCGCCAUGGCCCUCGCUGCAAAGAUAUAUAACAGUCAUAAUACGAGGGAACGACUGAGCCAGCUGACCGCUCAGAAGCUCGCUAAUUUGCUGCCCGACAAAGAAGGGCGGAAGUCGGUUCUCAACGCCGUCAAGGGGAUUGCAGAUAAUCAGCCGAUGAAAAAGAAGCGCGGACGAGAUUCAGACCUGCUUGAGCCACUGCAGUCCGAAGAAGACAGGGCAAAGCUGCCAAAGACUUUGGAAUUCCAUGAGAUUAUCGAUCCAGAGAAACUCAUUCCAGUCUCUAUAACUGUCAACCGAGCCCCUCUAAAAACAGCUUGGGCCUAUACCGUGGCUCUCCGACUAGGCUUCGAUAUAGAAGAGGCUUUAUCAAUAGCCCACGUCUACGUUCACCUUUCCUCUUUGAGGCAUGCGUUGAUGUUAGGAAACAUUCUGAACAAGCAAGAAACAAAGGAGGCCGAAGAGGAGCUUGCUGAGUUGCCGGGCGGAGAUGAUCAGAAGUGGAGUCUGAAGCGGAAAAAGGUCCAUGACACCAAUAGUCGUGAUUGGAGAAACAAGGGCAAGGAGAAAAGCGUCAGCGAGAUCGUCGGCAGCUCUCAGCCUUGGGUUCAGAUCUUGCGAGCGAAAAUACCAGUCAUCGAGCGUCCGGACGGUACCUGGCGGGCGAUACAGAAAGGGGUUCCUGUCCCGCCGUCAACAGCUUAUCUAUAUAUCACUCGAGCGUUCAAAGACUACUGCCCUCAUAUCAUGGGCUCACUCAAGCUGCUCGCAGACAGUUGGACACCAGACGAGCUGAAUCGUCUUGGAAUGCACAUGUAUAAUCAGUUCAAACCCGAUACUGUGGAAUGGGGUCAACGUGCUAUACUGGAAUGCGCCAAGAUUCUAGAUCAGAUGAAAGGUCCUGUGACGGCUGACGACGAGGAUGGUCCAGAAGUGCCUGAAGAUUUGGCCGCAGCUGAGCAAUUGUCGCCUGCAAGUGGUGCAGCCGAAGAAGUUGAUCCGGAGUUCCCAGUCGCCAAACGACCACGAAUGACCGUGGAGGAAUACGAGGCUAUGUUGGACGCUGAAAAUCUCGGCGGUGGAUUUGUCGAAGGUGGCGACAUCGCCGGGGCAGAGCGCCAAGAUGCAUGACGGCAUUACAAGAUGUUGACGCUACAUCGACAAUAUGCUGCUUUAGAAACCCCUAACGGAAUGUAAGGGGCGGAACGAGCCUCGAUACGUCAUGAGGCCUCGACGAUCCGACUCAGUAGAGCCAGGCGUACGACAAAGAGGCAGACGAGCGGGUCAGAAUGCCCAUUCGAUUAAUCUUCCGCAGAUCAUGAGGUGACCGUAUCGUGGAGAUGCCAGGAAGGCGCGAUGACGGUACCACUUCGGAGCGGAUGAUGGCGGACGGUUCUCACUGUCAGAAUCCGUACGAGAGAGUCGGGCCGAACAUCAGUAGCGUCUCAACAUACCUCAAUCGCGUCUAGGUCGACAGGCAGCAUCAUGCAUGGCGCGUGAGUACUGUUUACCUGCUAUAUCCGGGUCCGU